AUGCCUCGCCCAUUUCGGAUCGGCAUUCCGGUCGACCCCUCGACCGGGUCUGCCGUCCUGCACGCCUCGUCCAGCCUGGGCCCGCGGCAAGGUCCCGACCAACAAGGCGCCAACGGCCAGGACAGUCAGAACCCGAACACUUCGGAUCUCGAAAACAAUGCCAUAAGUAGCUCCAACGCGAGUGGUGGUGGGGGUGGGAACACGAAUGCCACGGCAAUGAUUGUCGUUGGCUCGAUAGUAGGCGUCAUUCUUCUCGUCUGCCUUGUCGUCCUACUUCGAUCAAUGCGCAAGCGCCUAAACCCUGCCUCGAAACAUCGACCUGGGCCUUUGAGGAAAGUAUGGAACAACUUGAGCGGCUCGAAGACUAAAUACAAGCGGACCGGCGACGCCGAUGAUGACGGUUUCAACCGACAAGUCCGCAUGCGCGAAGCCCAGGACAAUCUCGAAGACGCACUACAGGACGUGAAUGUCCAGCGGUCAAUAGCGGGCGGACCAGGGGCAAACAAUGGCCAAGACGGUGUCAACCGGAACACAUCAGUCCGCUCGGUCAUGACUCUCCCUGCUUACCGUCCCAAGGCAAUAGACACGGAACAGGUUAUCGGCCGAGAGGGCGAACGCGACGGCAUCGAUACCGUCGUCGAGCUGCCCACCGCCGAAGAAGACGAGGCCAUGCGAGAGGAUGAGAUGAAUGCAUUGUACCAGAUUCGGCUCGCCCGGCGACAGCAGAUCGCUGAGCGGGAACAGCGCAGACAGGAGCGCCGGGAGGCCAGGGAGCGACACGACCACCGCGCCCUCGAGGACAUCCGGGACCGAGCGCGCGUGGCGUCUCAGCAGGCCACCAGCCAGGUCGAGGAGCUGCGUGACGCUCACGAGCAGAUUAAGCAGAGCCGGCAGCGAGCAGUCAGCAGCGUGAGCUAUGCCGACGUGGGCUUGGUGCGAGCAGAUGGAACGAGGCUGCGGGCCAACAGCGCCGAGAGCGAGCGCGUCGGCCUGCUGAGUGAUGCCGGGAGCAUCGCGCUCAGCACACACGACAGCCACACCCUGCAACACAGGCGGCAACCGAGCUCGCAAAGCGUGCUCAGCAUCGACACCUUCCGCAGCAACCCAGGCAGCUCCGCAUCACGCUCCGGGUCGCCCGGUUUCGGUGGGGGACACAGCAGGGCGGGUUCCAGGAGCCAGCUAGGCGAGGAACUGCCCCGUACAGGAUCCGCCUUCUCACAGCGGGCAGGAUCCAGCCCCGAGCUGAUCGAUGCGGCAGAGGCGGACAUUGGCGAAAACGAUAUGCCGCUUCACUCGCCACCCGGAUACGACGACGUCUCUUUAGAAGAACUCACGCCCGCGCACUCGCAACAGUCCGGCCCAUCAGCCAAUCCAUCGGGGAGGAACAGUCCUUACCCCGAGCCGCCGCCCGACUACCCUGGCCAGCAACACGAGUCCGAGGGGCCGACUCAGGCCCGGCAAAACAGGCUGAGCGCACACAUGGCGGACCUGGCCGAGCAGCAGCGGGCAGAGGGUCAGGGCCAAGGGCACUCCAGGGCCGGCUCGAGAGGAGUCGGCGGGGUGCCACAGCUGCCAAGCCUGAGGCUGAACAGGCUGCCCCAGAUCGUGGUCGAGCCAUCCAGCGCGCUUCCCAGGGACGACCAGGAGCAGGAGCGGAGAUGGUCUUGA